ACAGGGCGCCGUCCAAAUCCUACAGAUAAACGUCAACUGUACAGGACUUGGACUGGGAAAGAGUAACUGUCUGAAGACAUGAUGAGCUAUGAUGUCAUGGCUUAAGGACAACGUGACGGAGCCUGUUAUGUCGUCCAUGGCGGGGAUUUUCGCACCGCGGAACAGUCUCUCCAUCACCAACUCCAAGGGCCUGCUCAACGCGCCCGGAGAAAACAACUGUUUCCUCAACAGUGCAGUACAGGUACUGUGGCACCUUGAUGUGUUCCGGCGCAGUUUUCGUCAGCUCUCCGGCCAUGCCUGCAUGGGCAACUCCUGCAUCUUCUGUGCACUCAAGGUCAUCUUCACCCAGUUCCAGUACAGUGAUGAGACAGCACUCCCACCUGAUGCCCUGAGAAAAGCCCUGGCUGAGACCUUUGAGGACCAACAGAGAUUUCAGCUGGGGUUUAUGGAUGAUGCUGCUGAAUGCUUUGAAAGCAUCCUGCUGCGAAUCCACUACCACAUCGCCAACGAGGUCAAAGAGGACAUGUGCAAUGCCAAACACUGCAUCUCUCACCAGAAGUUUGCCAUGACUGUUGUUGAGCAGUGCAUGUGUGGCUGUGGUGCGACGUCGGAGCCUCUGCCCUUCACACAGAUGGUCCACUACGUGUCAGUCACGGCCAUGAUAGCCCAGGGAAAGGAGAUGUUAGAGAAGACAAAGAAGCCGUACCCGGAGAUGUUUGGACAGCUGCUGAAGAAUGCAGGCGGUGUCGGUGACCUCAGAAAUUGUCCUAGUAAUUGCGGAGAGAGGGUACAGAUCAGAAGGAUGCUGAUGAACUCCCCUGAAAUAGUGAGCCUGGGCCUGGUGUGGGACACCGAUCAACCCACAGUGGAGCACAUCAUGGACGUCAUCAACUGCCUGGGAACCACCAUCCGACUGGUAGAUGUUUUCCAUUCCGUGGUGGACGAUUCGGCGGCGGGGAAAGUGCUGCAUCUGGUCGGGGUGGUCACGUACUACGGAAAACACUACUCCACCUUCUUCUUCCACACACGCUUGAAAACAUGGAUCUACUUUGAUGAUGCUACGGUGAAGGAGAUUGGGAGUAAAUGGAAGGAUGUUGUAGAGAAGUGCAGGAAGGGCCACUAUCAGCCAUUGCUGCUGCUGUUUGCUGACCACUUCGGCUCUCCGGUCAACACAGAGACAGCGCCAACGGAGACGACUAUGCUGCCGGGGUAUACCCACGGGGAGGGCACACAACUGCCUCGAGUGGAAAGAAGACCCUCCGGCGGAUGGUCCAUCUCCUUCUAAAGACAGUCCGCCGGCUCUCUACACAAACUGUCCAUUCCUGCCUUGCUAGGCUCAUCUUAGGGCA